AUGUUCCAUUCUUUGGACAAACAAGCCAGAAGUGAAACUUUCGAUAUCAAUUUAGACUCGAUUCAUCAAAACGCCAUAACUUGCGUCUGCAUUUACACAGAAAAGAACGAGAAAGCUUCGAAGAUUUCUACAUCUGAAGCCGACGGACAGUUGGUUAUUUGGGACUUGAAUUUCUUGGAAAGGUCUAUUCAAAAUCUAAUAAUUGAGUAA